AUGGCCUUUUCCUGUCCUCUUGGUAGCGAUGAUCGCUUUGGCCCUCGGGUUUCGGACCAGUGUCGAUCAUUUGACUUCACAUUGCUUUUUGAGGAUGUUUUCUUCACUUUGCUUCCAGCGGCAGUUUUUCUGCUGUCUGCAUUUUUGAGACUUCCUCUUCUUCUUCGGGCACCCGUGAAAAUAAGUUCCCAUUACUUGGCGACUGCAAAGCUUGUAACAAUACUACUAAACCCUAUUUUCGCAAUUGCCCUCGCAAGCUUAUUCGCCUUUCAUGUCGCAUUUAUGGCUUUUCAGGUCCAAGCUCCAAUUUUGCAUACCAAAGUUACACUCGCAGCUAGCGUGCUUCAGCUAUUCACCGUUGUUGGUUCCAUAUUGCUGUCAUGGUUGGAGGAUCAGCGUUCGGUUCGACCAUCCGAUCUCAUGGUCAUAUACUUCUUCUUAUCAAGCAUACUCGCCACCCCCAGACUGAGAUCGUUGUGGAUCCUUACGCCUGAUGUUUAUACACAGGCUUGCUUAUGGACACUGGUCACCGUUGGCACGAUCGUGGUGUUGUGCCUGGAAUCUAUUCACAAAACCCAAGUUAUACGUCUUGCUUAUCGUGAGUCCAGCAAAGAGAGUACUUCAAGCUUCUGGGCUCGUAGCUUCUUCAUCUGGGUUUUGCCUUUGUUUCGGAGUGGGUUCUCAAAUAUCAUUUCGUUGAAGGAUAUGCCCGAGGUCGACAGUGCCCUCCAGGGUAUCCCUGCCGAGAAAAAGAUCCUCGCCGCUUGGAAAAAUGGUAACUACACUGGUAAAAAUCGCCUUCUCCGGGCAACUUUUCGGGCCUAUCUUGGUCCAUUCGCCAGCGCGAUUAUCCCUCAAAUUUGUCUCACGGGUUUCAAAUUCUGUCAACCAUUCCUAAUUUCGGCAACGAUAGACUUCAUAGGUGAGCCCCCAACCAGAGAAAAUCAGGUCCAUGGACCGGCACUGGUCGGUGCAUACGUUAUAACCUAUAUGGGAAUGGCGAUAUCGACGGCUGCUUACUGGCGCCAAACACUUCGUUUGGUCACCAUGAUUCGAGGAGGCCUUAUUUCUCUUGUUUACCGACAGACAACCAAGCUUCAAUCCAGAGACUUCAAAAACAAGAGUUCUAUUACAUUGAUAUCUACUGAUGUGGAGCGCAUCAGCUAUAGACUCCAUGCGAUCCAUGAAGCUUGGAUGGCCCCCAUUCAAGUGGCAAUCGCAAUCUAUCUUCUGAAGCGACAGCUUGGCGUGGCUUGUUUAAUCCCGACCGUCAUCUCGUCUCUCGCGAUUCUGGCCACGUUCCCACUAUCGAAAACUUCAAACGGUGCCCAGCUGAGGUGGAUUGAACGUGUUCAAGCACGGCUCACUGUAGUAUCUAGCAUGCUGCAUGAUAUGAAAGCUGUCAAAAUGCUAGGGAUUAGUGAUAAGUUGUUCGAAAGUGUUUCGGGUUUGCGAAAAGAGGAGCUGAAAGCCUCGGAGCGCUUUAGAGUUCUCAUUCUAUGGCAGGUUGCAAUCUCGAACUUGCCCCUCACGCUGGCUCCAUACGCAACAUUCGUGAUAUUUUCCUUAAUUGCCGUGACUACUGGCGGCGAAUCGCUUUUUUCAAAUCGGACAUUCACUUCUCUAUCCCUUAUUUCCUUGAUGACAUUUCCGCUUCUCAGAUUUGUCCAGGCACUCCCGGGAUUAUGGCAGUCGGUUGGGUGUUUUGAUCGCAUCGAGAAGUACUGCACCCAGGCACCGCUGGACGAAGACUCGGACUUUGUCCCCGGAGCUGACGGUAUCGAGCUGCAAUCCAACACUGGCUUGUUUACACCCCCAGUUGGGAUGGUACUUGAACUUCGCGAUGCCAGCUUUUCCUGGUUAAAGGACUCAGAGCCCACUCUUCGAGAUUUGGAUAUUACUUUCAGAAAGGCCACUAUGACAGCAAUUGUUGGGCCCGUUGGAAGCGGCAAAAGCACCCUUCUAGAAAGUAUCCUGGGCGAGACAGUUCUGCAGAAAGGCUCCCUGUUGCCGUUCAACUCCACGGUCGCAUACUGUCCCCAGACCCCUUGGAUCAUGAACAACACGAUUCGGGAGAAUAUCACUGGCCCAGCACCAUUCGAUGAGAAGUGGUACAACUUCGUGAUCUGGGCCUGCUCGUUAGAGACAGACUUGCAAAAUAUCCCUGCUGGGGAUCUCUCCAUUGCCGGAACUUCUGGUAUCACGCUCAGUGGCGGACAGAAACAGCGCAUCUCUCUCGCUCGCGCUGUUUACUCGCGAGCUGCGGUCCUGGUCCUCGACGAUGUAUUCAGCGGUCUCGACACCCGAUCUGUAGCGGCGAUUUCUUCUCGGUUACUUGCGGCAGAUGGCCAUUUCAGAAAGGCAGGCAGGACAGUUAUUCUUGCAACCCAUAAUAACCGUCUUCUCCCGUUCACAGACAAGAUCUUGAUGUUAGAAAAUGGCCGACUUUCUAGGACCGGGACAUACGAGCAGCUGCGCUCUAUCAUACCAGAAGAUAGCCGAGGUCAAAGCACUGAGGACCCUGAAAGGGAGAGUUCCCCCACUGACAAAGCUGUCGAAAUGACCAGUGUCUCUGAAAUGUUGUCGGCAAUUCCCGAAGAUGACAAUGCUGCAAAUACCCUUCGACGAGACGGGAGUUGGUCCGUAUAUAUAUUCUAUUUCAAGUCGGCUGGCUACACGAUCGUAUUUAUUGUCGUGUUCUGUGUUGCGCUAUUUGGGUUCUCUGAUAGAUUCUCCACCGUAUGGCUUCAGCAGUGGUCGAGUGCCAAUGAUAGCCAUCCAAAUCAGAGGAUCGGGUUUUAUAUCGGGGUAUAUUCACUUCUGUUUGCGAUAUCGCUCACUACACUCAUGAUUGGAGCUUGGGCUUUGUUUGUGAAAGCAAUCAACAAUACCGGUCUUUCCAUGCAUUCCCACUUGCUAGGAACUACAUUAAAGUACGUGGUUUCACCUUCCGCUAGUUCUACGCCGUCUAACGCUGAGUUAUCGCACCAGAGCACCAAAGUCGACGCUGGAUUGACAACUAACAGAUUUAGCCAAGACCUGGAGCUCAUCGAUCUGGAUCUUCCAAAUGAAUCUAUCAACUCGGCCGUUUCCCUGGCAAACUGUGCUGUGGAACUUGUCAUCCUCUGUGUGAUGGGUAAAUAUCUCACCGUAACCGUCCCAAUCCUGGCAGUCAUUCUCUUUUUUGUCCAGGGAUAUUACCUCCGGACCUCUCGACAAGUGCGGCUCCUGGACAUUGAGGCUAAAGCACCUCUCCUCACUCAUCUCGUCGAGACAAUGCAGGGUAUAUCCGUUAUUCGAGCCAUGCGAUGGCAGGAGCCCUUCCGGGAUCGCCUUGAUAAGCUUCUCAAUCAAUCACAGCAACCAUUCUAUAUGCUCUUCUGCAUUCAGCAAUGGCUUCAACUGGUGCUUGACUGUAUAGUCAUGGCUCUAGCCGUUAUACUUGUCACCUUAGUCGUCUCAUUGAAAGACAAGUUCAGUCCCGGAGCAAUUGGUGUUGCACUGAAUCUGAUUCUAAGCUUUAAUAUGGACCUGAUGCAGCUUAUUCAGUCCUGGACGAAGUUAGAGACAUCAAUCGGCGCCGUCUCUCGCAUUCAGGACUUCCUCGAGAACACACCAUCUGAGGACCGGGAUCAACGUCGUAUAGAGCUGCUGCCGCCCAAUUGGCCUACUUCCGGAAAUGUCUCCUUCCGAGGAAUCACGGCUUUCUACAACUCUCAAUCUCCACCGGUCCUGAAUGACCUGUCUUUAGCUAUUCAAUCGGGCGAGAAGAUUGCCAUUUGUGGCCCUUCGGGAAGCGGCAAAACAUCCUUGAUCCUUGGAUUGUUACAAAUGAUUGAAUUAAAGCAAGGUCAAAUUGAGAUUGACGGUAUAGCUUUAUCCACACUCCCCUGCGAUGCUGUGCGAACUCGAAUCAACGUCGUUCCCCAAGAGCCAUUCUUCAUGCCAGGCACGCUUCGCUUCAAUCUUGACCGCGGAUUUGAAGAUAGCCCCAUAUCUGAUGAGUGUCUCGUUCGAGCACUGGAAACUGUUGGACUUUGGAAGAAAGUCUGUGGUGACACAGCACAAGGAGGAGAACUGGAUCAGCAGUUGACCGUAUCGGAUUGGUCGGUGGGGGAGCGACAGUUGCUAGCACUUGCGCGAGCAAUGCUGAUGAAAAGUCCAAUUCUAAUUCUUGACGAGGCGACGAGCAGUGUCGACUGGGAAACGGAAGCCACCAUGCAAAGUAUUAUUGAGCAAGAGUUUGCUUCUCAGACCGUGAUUUCGGUUAUUCAUCGUCUCCAAUACAUUGAAAGCUUCGAUCGCGUUGCUCUCAUGAAACAUGGUCGGCUUGUGGAAUUUGAUAGUCCUAAGGAAUUGCUGGCAGGCCCGUCGGAAUUCCAAGACUUUUAUCGUGCGAAGCAUGCCGAAUGA